GCGCCGCCCAGAGCGGUCGGAGCGCGCAGGCGCCCUUGCCCAUGUCGGCCUCUCCGGGUUUCAGUGGUUAGACCUGGAUCCGGAGCCGCCUUGAGGCGGGGCUGGGCCUUCCCGGCGGCCAAUGGCGCCCCGGGUGAGGGUUGAGGGGUGGGAGGCGCUGGCCCGCCAGAGGUGCGGAGCUCCUCCAGCGCGUGUGCCCAGCCACUCGGUCGUCAUGGACGAGGUCUUGGCUGAAGAGCUUGAUGAUGAGGAGCAGCUGGUGAGAAGGCAUCGGAAGGAGAAGAAGGAGCUGCAAGCCAAAAUUCAGGGAAUGAAGAACGCGGUUCCCAAAAACGACAAAAAGAGGAGGAAGCAACUCACGGAGGAGGUGGCUAAAUUGGAGAGAGAAAUGGAGCAAAAACACAGGGAAGAACUGGAGCAAUUGAAGCUGACUUUGAAAGACAGUAAGAUAGAUUCUGUUGCUGUUAACAUUUCAAACUUGGUACUUGAGACUCAACCACCUCGGAUUUCAAAAGCACAAAAGAGACGGGAAAAGAAGGCUGCAUUGGAAAAGGAGCGGGAAGAAAGGAUAGCUGAGGCUGAAAUUGAGAACUUAUCUGGAGCCAGACAUCUAGAGAGUGAAAAACUUGCUCAAAUAUUGGCAGCCAGAGAAUUGGAAAUUAAACAUAUUCCAUCUGAUGGUCACUGUAUGUAUGGGGCACUUGAGGAUCAGCUGAGAGAUCAAGACUGUGCUCUGACUGUGGCCACCCUCAGGAGGCAGACUGCUGAGUACAUACAAAGCCACUCAGACGACUUCCUGCCAUUUUUAACAAACCCCAAUACAGGGGAUAUGUACACUCCAGAAGAGUUUGGAAAGUACUGUGACGAUAUUGUAAACACAGCGGCAUGGGGCGGUCAGCUUGAGCUAAGAGCUCUGUCUCACAUCUUACAAACACCCAUCGAGAUACUACAGGCAGAUGCUCCUCCUAUUAUAGUUGGUGAAGAGUACCCAAGAAGCCCGUUAGUACUGGUAUACAUGAGGCAUGCGUAUGGCUUAGGAGAACAUUAUAAUUCUGUUACACGGUUGGUGAACUCAGCUACUGAAAAUUGCAGCUAGUUUACAAGAUGUUACACUGUUUUAUAGAGUGUGCCAAUCUACCAAGUGCUAGAUUGUUGUAAAUGCUACUGAAAAACACAGCUACCUUAAAUGACUUGUAUGAAUAAGCUUACUAACAGGCAUUUAAGAAAUACGUUGGAUUAACUUUAACCAGUGCUCUCUUAGUGGCAUUUUUAGAAUUGAAAGUCUAUUGUGGAGAAUAUCAUUCAUAGACCAAGGUGUUACUCUUCGCACUAAUUAAUUUUAGUUGUCCUGCACAUUCUGAUUUGGAAUAAAUUUUGUUUUAAAUUUUGGCCCUACAGCUUUAUGUUCCAAAAGUAAGGAUUUCAAUUUAUUUAUUUUUUUUAAAGUUUGGAGACUUGGUCUCUGUCAUGAUAGGAAUAUAUUGUAGUGACAGCGGUCCCAGUGACUUUGGUAAUACUAGGGUCAACAGUGUGCUGCUCUUUAUGCAGCAUAUCUCUGCUGCUAAGAAGAAACUACUUCAGUAGUUAAGAAUUUUUGAAUACUUACAUGAGAAUCAGUAUAGUUAAAGAAAUGAAACAAAAUCAUUGGUAAAUAGGUGUUUAUUGUGUCAAUUUUGAAUCUUUCUAACAAAUUGGAGAUUUCCCUUUUGUGUAUGUGUAGCUUUAAAAGUUUGUAACUCCUGCAUUGCUGGUUUUUCAGCCAGAGCCUGGAGUUAGACUUGGACCUUGUUUCUCUUCACAACUGAAUUUUUACACUUUUCCUAACACUACUCAGCUGCUUUGCUUUCUCUAGAACCUUUCCUACUGAGAGGCAUCCAGUGGGCGCUCAUUGCUCACCUGUGCAAGGUGGUGCUGUAGUAAAUGCAGAAAAGGCCAUGGCCACGUUCCCUCUUUUUAGUCUUCCCAGCUGUCCUAACAAGAUCUCUGCUUGAGCUCACUUUCUAGGAUGUAGUGAAAACCCUGGCUACAAAUGAUUUCCUUACAUAGUGUAUCACUUUUUUCACUCAAAUGUUUGAUUAUUGUAUUUUAUGUAUAGGAAAAGUUGAAGGCCACUGUUCAGAAGCAGAGAGCUGUGUGAUAAAAUCAGUACAGAAGAAUUUUAUGUGGAAUGACUCAUGUACUCAGACUGUUAAUCACUUAGAACAGGAUUCUUUGUAAGAGUCGUGCCCACACACAAGUGUGUUGCUGUUUUUAUGGAACACAGUACCAUGCGAUGGGGACACAGCUCUAGUAGAGUAGGUGCCUAUUGUGCAUGAGACUCAUGGGUCAAUUUCUAGCACCAACAAAACACAUCAAUUUAUGAAAAUGAGACUUUUUGUUGUGAUCUGUUUUUUUUCCAAGUUUGAACUAUAACUAAGAUUGAGCAUCAUGUUUAUAGUAUUUGGGCUUAUGAAGUUAAAAGCAGGUAACAAUGUGUGUGGCAAGCUGGCAGAGACUGAUUAGCAGAGCAAAGACUUUCUGAGAUCAUUCCAGCUGACUAAAACAUACAUACUCUGCCUGCUACACAGUGUAUUCUGAAGGGUAUCUGCUUUGUAACCUUUGAUUCUUUUUUAUUCUGAAAUUUAUAAAAGCAUAAAGUUGUAAAAUAAAUGCUUUGAACUUA